AGAGAUAAACCCGUCGUCAACUCUGGAGCUUUCCACCCGGGCACGUACCUCCAGCAUCCCAGCUUUCACGUCGCCGGCCGUAUUACAAAUAGCCCCCCUCCACCUUCACGCUUGCUGCCACCACACGCUGUUGCAUCUCCGGCCAGCUCGGAGAGCCAAAACGAAGCAACGUCUUGAGCAGCACGAGCAAGGCUCCAUGGCGCGGCUCCUCCUCGCAACCGUAGCCGCCACCGUGCUGCUGCUCGCGGCCGGCGCGACGGCGCAGCAGCAGGGCUGCGAGAACGCGACGUUCCCGGCGGGGCGGUCGUUCGCGCGGUGCAACACCCUGCCCGUGCUCGACGCCAGCCUGCACUGGACGUACCACGCCGCGAACGGCACCGCCGAGCUCGCGUUCCGCGCGCGUUCCAGCGCCACCGGCUGGGUCGCCUGGGGCAUCAACCCCGGCGGCGCCGGCAUGGCCGGCAGCAACGUCUUCCUCGCCUCGCAGGGCGGCGGCGGCGGCGCCGCCGUCUCCGUGCUCACCACCGUCCUGAGGAGCACGGCCCCGGCCCUGGACAACACCACCCUCCAGUUCGGCGUGCCGGUGCCGCCCACCGCCGAGUACGCGGCCGGCGCCUACACGAUCUACGUGACGGUGGCGCUGCCGGGGAACUCCACGCAGCAGAACACGGUGUGGCAGGCGGGGCCGGUCAGCGGCGGGGCCAUAAUGCCGCACCCGGUGUCCGGGCCCAACUUGCAGAGCGUUAAGAGGCAGGACUUCCUGUCCGGCUAGAGCGCCCGACGAGGCAUAUGUUUGUACGCAAAUACUGUCAGUGUCAUGAUCAUGGAGUAUAAAAUAAAUCGCACGGCUUAUUCCUCAUGUUCCUGCUAUUAGACGUCGACGUCGUAUCAAAUGAAGUGUGCGCUAAACACUGUUUAUACGCUCCCAGCCGGAUUUAGGGACAUGGCUUACGGCGAUUAGUAUUUUUUUUCCGACGAAUUCACAA